UUCAGUUCAGGAAGAAGAAAUAAUGGCGACGCUUCUGGGGUCCGAGUCCCCCUGCGCUGGAGGAAAACGGAGACAUUGCAACAGCAGCAUCGUCACAAAGUUCACGGCUAGUAAAAUUACUGGCCAGGGUUUCAGCCGAGGCACGGAGCUCCCGGGAGGCCUGCUCCAGGAGAGAGAUAAACGGGCCAAGUGGCAUGGCAUCCCUACUCUGCUGCAGAGGCUCUACGAGAGCAGCCAUCCCAACAGUGACCUCUCCAACGCCUACAGCUUUCUUAAGGUAUUAUCAUCCCAGCUCUCCAUGGAGGCCAUGUCUUUUGUCACGGAGGACAGGAAGACCGCUCAGGAAUCCACCUUCCCCAACACGUACACCUUUGACCUCUUUGGUGGAGUCGAUCUGCUUGUGGAGAUCUUGAUGAGACCCACGUUAACUAUGCAGAAAAACAAAAACAAUAUGAAUGAUGACUUGGUCAAGGAAUGCCUUAGUGUUCUCUACAACUGUUGUAUAUGUACGGAGGGGGUCACAAAGAGCCUGGCAGCGAGGGAUGACUUUGUGCUGUUUCUCUUCACCCUGAUGACGAACAAGAAGACUUUCCUCCAGACCGCGACCCUAAUUGAAGAUAUUCUUGGAGUCAAAAAGGAGAUGAUCCAGUUAGAGGGCAUCCCCAACCUGUCGGGCCUGGUCCAGAGCUUUGACCAACAGCAGCUAGCCAACUUCUGCCGCAUCCUGUCAGUCACCAUCUCAGAACCGGACGUGGGAAACGACGACAAGCACACCCUUUUGGCCAAAAACGCACAGCAGAAACGCAUCGCUAGCCCAUCCCGGGCAGAGGUCAACCAGGUAACCCUACUGAACAUCCCCGGCUUCAUUGAGCGGUUGUGUAAGCUGGCCACUAGAAAGGUGUCUGAGGCCACAGGUGCGAACUUCCUGCAGGAGCUGGAGGACUGGUACACAUGGCUGGACAACGCUCUGGUGCUGGACGCCCUCAUGCAGAUGGCUACCGAGGAGGCGGAGCAAAGUAGUACAGAGUCCUCAGAUGAGAGCUCCCUGGCCACCAGCCCUCUGAGACAUCGACUGCCCCAGUCCAUGAAGAUCGUCCACGAGAUCAUGUAUAAGGUGGAAGUGCUCUACGUGCUGUGUGUCCUUCUCAUGGGCCGGCAGAGGAACCAGGUCCACAAGAUGCUGGCUGAGUUCCGUCUCAUCCCGGGACUCAACAACUUGUUUGACAAGCUGAUCUGGAGGAAAUACACGGCCACGAAUCACGUGGUCCAUGGCCAGAACGAGAACUGCGACUGUAGUCCGGAAAUAUCCUUCAAAAUCCAGUUCCUGCGGCUACUUCAGAGCUUCAGUGACCACCAUGAGAACAAAUACCUCCUGCUGAACAGCCAGGAGCUGAAUGAACUGAGUGCCAUUUCCAUGAAGGCGAACAUCCCGGAGGUGGAAGCGCUCGUCAACACAGACAGAAGCCUUGUGUGCGACGGGAAGAAGGGCCUCCUCACGCGCCUCCUCACCGUCAUGAAGAGGGAGCCUCCGGACUCGUCAUUCAGAUUCUGGCAGGCGAGGGCAGUGGAAAGUUUCCUCAGAGGAGCCACCUCCUAUGCAGACCAAAUGUUCCUCUUGAAGAGGGGACUCCUAGAGCACAUCCUGUUUUGCAUCAUCGACAGUGGUUGCACGUCAAGAGAUGUCCUGCAGAGCUACUUUGAUCUGCUGGGAGAGCUCAUGAAGUUCAACAUUGACGCCUUCAAAAGAUUCAACAAAUAUGUCAACACCCCGGAGAAGUUUCAGACCUUCAUGACGCAGAUCAACAGUUCUCUGGUGGACUCCAACAUGCUGGUGCGCUGCAUCGUCCUCUCGCUCGACCGCUUUGAGAGCCAGACUGAAGACGUCAAAGUGGUGGAGGUGCUGUCUGAAUGCUGCCUGCUGUCCUACAUGGCCAAAGUUGAGAACCGGCUGUCCUUCCUCUUCCGACUGAUCAACAUCAUCAACGUACAGACGCUCACACAGGAGAAUGUGAGCUGUUUAAACACCAGCUUGGUGAUCUUGAUGCUGGCCAGAAGAAAGGCGAAGCUGCCCUUCUACCUCAACGCCCUGCGGGAGAAGGAGUACGCCGAGAAGUACCCGGGUUUCCUGCUCAACAACUUUCACAACCUGCUGCGCUUCUGGCAGCGCCAUUACCUCAACAAGGACAAGGACAGCACCUGUCUGGAGAACAGCUCCUGUAUCCCCUUCAGCUACUGGAAGGAGACGGUGUCGGUGCUGCUGUGCUCAGAUAGGACUUCUCUGUGUGCCAUAGCGAGCUACAUUGAUGAGCCCUUCAUGGAUCUUUACAGAGACCUGCUGGAAGAUUGACCUCCUGUGUGUGUGCACUCAGUGCCGAGAGAGGGGGGGGCGGGGGGGGGCCACAGGGAGCCACAGGGAGCAUGGACACCUGAAGCUGGUGAAGACUCCGCUGAGCCAUCCGGUCGCUUUGUGACUGCGUUCUGGAUGUAAAGGCUCGCCAGUUUCUUUUCCCCCCCCACCCUCCCGCCCCCCCCCCGUCUAUACGUUUUUUUUUUUUUUUUUUUUUUUGCAACGAGGCCGUCGUCACAGACGGGACGUAACAUCUUUGCCGGGCCUUCGUCUUCUCACUAAGUCACCGCCCUCUUCUUCAAAGGAAGCGGCGGGGAGCCUGCACGCCCCACC